UGAACACACGCAACUGGGGACGUUUCCUCCUCUCGUACUGGGAAUCUUUAAAGUACAACCUUGGUGUUUGAUGGUUUUAAAGGAGAGGACACUGUGUUCACUCUGCGCUGCUUCUCUCUCCGGACGUCUGCUUUGAGGUUUUUGUUUUUUUAAACUGGAAUAAUUUUGAGCCGUUUUUGGAGAGCGCGAUGCCUCAAACGGACUGAGAGGCUUCUCCGUCCUCUCGGGACAUUUCAGGACGUCCAGCUGUGUUUGUCUUUUCCUUUUUGAGGAGGGGAUGAGUCACGUCUGCAUGGAUUACUUUUUAAACAUCACCUGUGCCUGAACACCUCGGACUGACAGUAUAACGCACGCAGUCUCCAGAGCGCAGCGCCCUCCCACCAAUGAAAUAUCUCCCCGCUGCGGAUCGACAAAGUACGCGGAUCGAGCUCAGUGAGACCAGCCACGGUGCCAAGUCUCGACCCGGCGCUGUGGUCCACUUGCUGACCCCACUGGACCCACUUCGGCAGGCAAAGCGGCUUCCCAUCCGAGUCCUCAAGAUGUUGACUGCGCACACCGGACACUUGCUGCACCCGGAAUAUUUACAGCCUUUGACGUCCGCCCCAGUCAGCAUCGAGCUGGAUGCCAAGAAGAGUCCCCUGGCCCUGCUGGCUCAGACCUGCUCUCAGAUCGGCAAACCAGACCCUCCGUCCUCCUCUAAGCACGGCUCCUCCUCCUGCAGCCCGGGGGACAAGGAGUCCGGCAGUCGCUCAUCCAGCCUGAAGCACGGCGAGCGCCGCCCCUCUGUGGAUGAUAAAUGUAGCUUCAAGCCUUACAACAAAGGCAGCGGAGACUGUCGCAGAGACGGAGUGAGCAGCAGCAGCACCACCAACAACAACAGCGAUAAAGUCGGGUUCAGGGUGCCGAGCAAUAAUGUUAAUAACUCUAGCACUAAUGGGAGUUUGACCACGGGACAGCAGCAGUCCUACCCGUCGCACGCUGCCUCACCAAACUCCAGAGCGGGCAGCACCACCCCACCUGGACACGCUCAGCCCCAAAAACAGAGCCAGUCUCCGGUCUCCCACUCCCAGACUACAAGCGGCGACUCUGCACACGAGCAGGGCAGUCCAACCAGCACGAGCGGCAAUAAUAAUAAUCAUCAGAAAAAAGAUGCGGAUGUAAGCAAGAGGAUCUCGGACAGUCCACACGAUGCGAACUCCAGCCACGCUCGAGCCAGCACCAACUGUAGCAACAGCAGCUCCGACGGAGGCUCAAACCACGAGGGGGUUAAAGCGGACUCCUCCCAUCCUAACCUGGGUCCCGGUCGCAUUACACCCAUUUCUCCUUACAAAACAACCCAGCCUCUUUUCCCCCUGCCCGCCUCCAAUUUGGGAUACCACGGAUCUGUAGUCGGGGCGUACGCAGGCUACCCGUCUCAGUUCGUUCACGGUAUGGAUCCGACAAAGCCAAACCUCGGCAUGGGAAGCCUUGGCGUCCCGGGAAAGCACCCGAGCUCCAGCCCUCUCACGGGGGCCUCCCCUCCCUCCUUCAUGCAGGGUUUGUGCAGGGAUCCCUACUGCCUAAGCUACCCGAGCGUGUCCCACCUCGGCGGAAGCAACUGCAACUCCUGCAUCCACGACCCUUCCUCCUCCCUCAAAUCAAACUUCCCCCUGGUGUACCCCUCCCACCCUCUCCACUCCCUCCACCAAAGCUCCAGCGUCUCCUCCUCCCUCUCGCACCCUCUCUACACGUACGGCUUCAUGCUCCCGAAUGACCCCCUUCCCCAUGCCUGUAACUGGGUCUCGGCUGCAGGGCCGUGCGACAAACGUUUUGCCACGUCGGACGAGCUCCUGGCUCACCUCCGCACGCACACGGCCCUGCCCGUGGGAAUGGACAGUAAGCUGCUCUCUGUUUCCUCUUCUGGACCCGCCUCCUGCCACCUCCACCUCCCUCACCAGAGCAGUCCCGGCUCAAUGCCCGGCUCCCUCUCCCUCAGGUCUCCCCACAGCCUGGGAUUAGCUCGCUAUCACCCUUACAGUAAGGUUCACCUGCCCCCUGGACCCUCCUCCAUCUCCCUGCACUCUCUGCCCACCACAGGCCCGUACUACCCUCAUUACGCCCUCUACAGUCAAAGACUUGGAUCUGCAUCUGCCUUGGGAUACCAAUGAUUCACCAUCUGCUUACUAGUUUUAAGAAUUGGUUUGACAUUUUGGAAAAAUAAGCUUAUUUCCUGUUCUCUGGAGAGUCAGACGAGAAGAUUGAUACCACACACUCAUAUCUUUCUUCCAAAUACGAAAUUACAGCCAGCAUCUGGUUAGCGUAGCUUAGCACAAACACUGGAAACAGGGGAAACGGUUAGCUUGGAUGAAAAAAACGGCAUCAUCUGUGAAAAUAAUAAGCCUUCAAGGGAUCAUUUUAAAGUUUUUUUACUUGGCAAACACGACUGCGGUAGGCUAUUGUUCCUAGCCAAAAAAAUAUCUAUACAAUUAUCUGAUAAGAACAUUACAUUUUUAAGCUCUACGUUCGGCCAUCUUGGUUUUUUUUUUUUUAUCAAGAAGUCCCCAUAUUUGAAAAGAAGGUGAAUGCACACCUCUAUGUCUCUAUCCUGUUACACAGAUUGAUUAUGUAGCACCAUGUCAAUCAUACUGUAGGUAGCCAUGACCGAUAGCUUACCCUGCUUUCUUGUGGGUAACUAAAUGAGACCGUAAACAUCAUGUUAUGUCAUAGAGGACAUUUGAAACAAGAGAUAGAGACUUUCAACAAAUCAAGUGGGAAGCAGGCUCACUUUCUCCUGUGCUUCAGUACAAUCCUACUUCUCUGGGCUAACACUAGUAUUGCCCUCUGCUGGCCUGGAGGUUUUAGGUACUUCUCAACUCAACACAACUUUAUUUAUACAGCAUUUUACACACAACACCGUCGAUCUAAAUUACUUUCCAGCACAGAUAACGAGGAAGAUAGACAGCAGUAAAUCAAAUACAUAUAAAGACAUUACUGUUAUGAUUUUUAACCGCAACAGUAACAGCAAUAACUACUUUACAAUUGCAGCUAUCAUAGCAACAAUAUCAAAAUCACUUUUAUCACUGGCUUCAUUUUUAACCCAAGGGGCUAACACAACUAUUUAGAUAUAGUACGACGUUUUUAAGAAUAAAAAAUCUGAAAGGAAAACUCAAAAACAGAGCUUCCAGAUGCUUUUUGGUACUCUAGAUGUUGGCACUUUUUUUGUUUUAUUUCCCCUUUUUUUUAACUUUCUUUGUUGCUAUUACAUAUUAACAAUAUUUCCAUUUAGUAAUAUCCGUUCAGAAUGUGUAUUUUAUUCCCAACAAGAACAAGAUAAACACAUACAUACAAACAAACAAUUAGACUAGAUGUUGGCACCUGUGUUUCCAUUCUUUGUGCUAAGCUAAGCUAAACUAACCAGGGUAUAAUUCUUUAUUUGACUUCCCACAGAAAGGGAAUAAGCUUUUCUUAAAUGUCUUAACCUUUCCUUUACGUUUGAACUUAGUUGCGGCGCGUUGCUUUCUUCCACUUGAUUUAAGGCUGGAUUCAAGAGGAACAUGGAUCAAAGUGCAAGUCCUGGAUUUUGACUUGAGUGCAUCUUCACCCUUUCUUUACACACAAUAAAUGAGAUUUUGGUGUUUCUAAUCAGGCUCCACUCCUAAAGAUCAGAGGACUCUCCUUGUGGCACAUUGUUGGGAUACUUUUUGCAGCGGACAUGACGGCCCCCUCGGGAGACUCGUGCCGCCCUGUGGGCUCGGCAAAUUGACGGUUGGACGCUGCGUAAGAGCACUUGAAUGUUCAGGGUUCUCGCUGCAAAUGAUGAUGAUUUAGUGCAGGAAAAAUGUAGAGUGGCGGGGGAUUGCGAGGAGCUGCAGCCGUGGACCGAUGUAAUCCCGGCCUGCAGGAGAUGCAUGUAAGCUUGACACACCUGUUUACUCAGCACCCAUGGUUUGUGAUGAUUUGUUUCAGUUUCCUUCUGUUUUUGUUUAUUCCUACUGAGAAGUUGUAUUUAUUUUCAUGGGAAAUCUGACUUUCUUUCAUGUUCACCACAUAAAUGGAGAGAGUCGAGCUGGGUGACAGAUGCUGAAUACGUCGUGUCUUAACACUUCUCUGAGAAUGAAUGUUCAAUCACAUCUCUCUCUCUACGGACGCCUGCUGGGCUUUUUUGAUUUCUACAAAUUAAUUCAAAUGAGAUGUGAUAUUUUAUAUGUGAAACUGGAACACCUUGUGGUGGUAUCCAGUUUGAGGGGGGGUGGGCAUAUUUUGCUAAAUAAAUCUCAUUGAGGAUG